AUGUCGAUGCCUUCCCUCAACGGCCUUCCUACCCAACCCCGGUUCCGGCUAGAGCGCUUUGCCGAACGGGAGAACGAAGACGGACCUCCGCCUGAGUGGGAUGCAUAUGCAAAGCUUGUGGAGGACUUCGAUGAGGCUAUGAUUCGGGCAUGGAAGGAGGAGGUUGAUACGCUCCUGGUUUUCGCUGGGCUCUUCUCAGCCGUUGUCACCACAUUCAACGUCGAAGGAUACAAGCUGCUACAAGACGAUUCAUCCCAAGUUGUUGUACAACUGCUGCAAACUAUAUCUCAACAGCUGGCGAACAGUACCCUAACCUCCGCGCUGGCCACGCAAAAUGCUCGUCCCUCUUUGCAAGCCGUUCGCAUCAACGCCUUGUGGUUUUCGAGUCUGGUUUUCUCACUAUUCUCCGCCCUCAUCGGAAUUCUAGUCAAGCAGUGGCUCCGGGAAUACAUGACGGUCGCUUCGCUCCCUUCUAGAGACAAAUUACGACUUCGACAGCAUCGAUAUUCUGGUCUUGAAGCUUGGCUCGUGCCCGAGAUCAUGACACUUCUUCCAAUCUUACUUGAGUUGUCCCUCAUCCUCUUCCUCAUUGGCUUAGUGGACUUCCUAUUCAUGCUGCAGGACGCCGUAGCUGCGAUCAUAUUCUCCCUCGUCGCAGUCGUUCUUCUCUUCUACAUAUUCACAACGCUAUCGCCUGUUUUCUCCAGAUGUUGCCCAUUUAAAUCGCCACAAUCCUGGAUCUUAUCACGCUUCCGAUUGGUGCGCUGGAUGUCCUAUGGACACUAUGGGAGUUCUGCCAAGGGGUCUGCCAGGCGGACGUGCAAGACCCACGCCUUUUCCAGUCGGUUCUCGACAGGAUGA